AGAACAGCAUACUGUUCAACAUUCCUACCAAAUGCAGGCUGGGCAGGUGAAAAGUUAAAGCAGAACUCAAGACCAUUUUUGUUGAACCUACUUUUUGAGAUAACAUACUUCUUCAAUAUACUGGAUUUUUAAAAAAAACAGAAACAAGUUUUCACUAUUGGAAUUCAUAUGCAAAAGCUGAAGGGAUUUACUGGGUGUUCUAGCUUUCAAUUAAUAUUUGAUAAAUGCUGAACACUUGAGUUAACUAGAAUUGAUGUCUUUGCCUCUAUUGUUUGAAAGAUGCAAAGUCCAGUUCUUGUUCUGUUAGCAUCUUAAGAGAAGAGUAAUCUAAGUAUCACUUACAGAGUCAACCCAAAGGAUAUGGAAUAACUGGGAGUAAACUGGAAGCAAGCAGCCACAAGAUGAAGCAGCACCAGCAAAUGAGGCAGCCACACAGACAGUAGAGAAAAAGAAAUUGGAAAGCUAGUGUGCAGAAUGCAUUUCUAAUAGAAAAAGCUUCCUACCUGGGGAGUCAGUCUCAGUAUUUGGAGAGACUGCAUCCACAAAUUAUCGAUCAUCUGCAAGGAUAUCUUCAAAUUACAGAUGAAGUGCCUAGAGCAAAUUAAAAGACGCUGAUGUUAAUCCACCACAAAAAAGAAUGGAAGACAAGUUACCCAGCAACUUGACCAUCACCAAUGGUUCAACUUCUAGCCAAAAAUCACUUGAAGGCCACAAUCUUUGGGAAGUAAUCACCAUCGCUACUGUAACGGCCAUCUUAAGUUUGAUAACCAUUCUGGGAAAUGUUCUGGUAAUGAUAUCAUUCAAAGUCAACAGCCAGCUGAAAACAGUGAACAAUUAUUAUCUACUCAGUCUUGCCUGUGCAGACCUUAUAAUUGGAAUAUUUUCUAUGAAUCUUUAUACAUCAUACAUAUUAAUAGGGCACUGGUCUCUUGGAAUUUUGGCAUGUGAUUUAUGGUUAGCACUCGAUUAUGUAGCUAGUAAUGCUUCAGUAAUGAAUUUGUUAGUUAUCAGUUUUGACCGAUAUUUUUCUAUUACACGUCCUUUAACCUAUAGGGCUAAACGCACACCCAAAAGAGCUGGGAUUAUGAUUGGUUUGGCUUGGCUGAUUUCUUUCAUUCUGUGGGCACCUGUAAUCUUAUGUUGGCAGUACCUUGUAGGGGAGCGAACUGUCCCAGCAGGAGACUGUCAAAUACAAUUUUUGUCUGAGCCUAUUGUUACCUUUGGUACUGCAAUUGCUGCUUUCUAUAUCCCAGUUUCGGUGAUGACUAUUUUAUAUUGCCGCAUUUACAAAGAGACUGAAAAACGAACCAAGGAUUUAGCUGAGCUUCAGGGCUCCAGUUCUGUGACUGAGUUUGAAACAGUGAAGCCUCAGAAAACCCUGCUGAAGUCUUGCUUUAGCUGCAGGCAACAAAAUUUGACCAAAAGAGACCAAUCUCAGGCUUCGUGGUCUUCAUCUAGUAGAAGUACUUCUGCCACAGCAAAAGCAUCUCAGAUUCAAAACACCUGCCAAGAUUGGUCGAGGGCAGAGCAGCUGACCAUUUGCAGCAGCUAUGCCUCAUCUGAAGAGGAGGAAAAAUGCCCACCUGAUCCAGUCUUUCAAGUAGCCUAUAAAACCCCUGUAAAAGGGAAGGUUGAUGAGCAGAAAGAAGAGAAAAAGGAAGCUUUUAUCAACGACCAACAUAAAGAGAAUGACUAUGACACCCAGAAAUAUUUUCUAACCCCAACCAAAAGUCAGGUGCAAAAAAGUAAUAAAUGUGUAGCUUAUAAAUUCCGGUUGGUGGUUAAAGCUAGUGGUGCACCAGAAACUAACAAUGGUUGCCGAAAAGUCAAAAUCACUCCUUGUUCUGCCAGUUUAUCCAAAGACGCUUCCAUCAAAAAUAUGGAUCCUAACCUAAGUAAUCAAAUUACUAAAAGGAAAAGAAUGGUUCUUAUAAAAGAACGUAAAGCAGCGCAGACUCUAAGUGCCAUUCUUCUAGCUUUUAUAAUUACAUGGACACCCUACAACAUAAUGGUAUUGGUUUCCACAUUCUGCUCAGAUUGCAUUCCUCCAACAUUGUGGCAUCUUGGCUAUUGGUUGUGCUACGUAAACAGUACUGUGAACCCAAUUUGUUAUGCCUUGUGUAACAAAACAUUCAGAAAAACCUUUAAGUUGUUGCUCUUCUGUCAAUGGAAGAAGAAAAAAAUGGAAGAAAAAUUAUAUUGGCAGGGUAAUACAAAGCUGCCUUAAAUUAAAAUGAAGUAGCUGAAAAAUAAUGAUCUUGGCCAGAGAGUGUAUAUUAGCUACAGGUCUUUAUUUGUAAAGUUGUUGUUUUGUGUGUUUGGAAGCAAAAGGAGCAACAUUUCUAUGAUUUAUGAUUAUGAAGAAAGCAGUCACAAUGUUGAACAUUUCUCUAAUUGGAACUAUUCAAAGGACCAUUUUGAGUGUUGUUAUCAGGACUUUUGGUCCCACACUUCUGCUUGAUAAUGGCAGAGCACAGGACCUUAAUAAUUGGUGAUUGAACAGAUCCAUAAAUGUAUUUGGUUCACAUUCUUGCUAAGUUAAUAUUAUGCCUUCUUAAAUAUUUUUCCAGGACUUUUUCAAGUUAAAUUAUAGAUCUGCAACCUACUGAAGUUAGCACUGUUCCCCUUGCAAAAUUAUCUACUAAUUGAAUGGAUGCAAAAAGAAUGAAUAUAUCUAUAGCCCAUGAUAAAUGAUUGAAAUUGAUUUUUGGAGGGCAAAAAGGUUCCUGAUGUCAGCUUGAGUUAUGAACAAUGACUGAAUUUGAAUUCAUUCUUCUUUUAAUUGGGGCUAGAUGUGACUUGUAAGGGGAAAGGUUUUUUUAUAAGGCACAUACUGAAACCGAAUGUGAUUAUUUAAAGAUUUAAAGUUGCUGUAGUGAGAUCUACAUAUAAAACUCAGAUUAAACACUAAGAUUUCAUACUUUAUAUGCAUAGUUUUAAAAACAUUUGCAUGAAAUAGUUUUGGGUCAUAUUCCUCUUUGAAUGUUAUAAAUUGUGUAAUCAGACAUGAAUAAUAUUAUAGCAUUUUAAAGAUAGAGAGAGGAAUAUGUAAAACAUCUACCUCUCUUUGUUUAGAUAUUUAGUGGCAAUAUUCACCUUUUUAAUCCCCACAGCAAAAGUAAUUAAAUCCAUUGGGCAACAACUACAACUUGUCAAAGAGUCUAUCCCUUCAGUCUGAGUAAGAAUUAUAAUUUAUAUAAGAAUAUAUAUUUAAUACAUAAUUAUUUCAGCAACAAUGUGAAUCUUAUAAAACAAAGGCAGGUAAUUAGAAUAGUUUCUGAAUAGCAGAGUCUGAACUAAAAUCAGCUAUCAAAAUUAACCAUUUUUUCCAAAAAUGAAGAAUUACAAUGAGCAAGUGAAAAUAUAAGUCCCAUGUCUUUUGGAUCCAGAUUUCCAUAGCUAUUUACCUGGAUUCAGAUCUAAUUCUAUGAAAAUAAAAUAAUUUAAUUAUCUCUUGAAUCUUAUAAAUACAUACAUGGUUUCUCAUUUGAAAAGGUCUCUCUCUCUCCAAUUCAGUGAAACAGUCAAGCUCUUCACAUAAAGUGAUAUAUACAGUAGUAGAUGGAGAAAUGCAUUCUACUUAUGAAUGAGAAUAUGAAGCAUUUAGAAACUCCGUGUAUGUAUGUAAAUGCACAGAAUUCUGACUUGGAAAGUAAUGCUAAAGUCAGUUCAAUUCAGGAAAAUUGUGCUGUAGGAUUAGAAGAAUCUGAAGUUCAUGGAUAUGUGGAUUUUGUAAUUCUCAGUUGACUGUCAAGCUUUACACAUUCAUUGUUUGCUGAACUGCAAUUUAAAUGCAGAUUCAGUUCACAUCCACAUCUAUAGCUUGGUAUGGUUAGUUGUAUAGUUAUAGUAUGAUUGUAAAGUGUAAUUUUGCAUAGUUCUGAGAUAACACAGUAAAGUUUAUAAGAGUUGCAAAACAAUAAGGAUUCUAAUGAGGUCAAAAGCUCUUUCUUAUAGAGCUUAUUCAGUGAUUUUUAACAAGCUUCUCCAUAAGUACUAAUUGAAACAAUAUUUUGGAUAACUUGACUACAUACGAGUUAUUUACAAAAGAGUCCCCCAAUUAUUUUUAUAGUGGGACUAAUCAUAAUUUAAACAAAAUGUAUAAUACUGUGAACAUGUGACUGAUUCUAAGUAUUUCUGUAUUGUGCCAAUUGUUUUUGGAGCUAUGCUGUUUGUUAAAGAAAAUGUGGAUUCCCAUAAAGAACUUUUGAUUAUUAUCUUCAGUCAACAUUGAAGCAUAUCCAUUGUGCUUUGGGGUUUUCUGGCUUUAAAAAAAUACAUGUACGUAUGAUAUGUGUGUGUCUGAUUCAAAUGACAACGCAUUUCUAUGACUCAAGCUAUGUAAUAUUGGCAAAAUGUGUUAAGAUUGUAAAAGUUAUUUGCUUGUUGCAAUUUUAUUGCUAAAAUACCCUUGCCUUCUACUAUUGAGGUUAAAUGGAAAAUUAUUGUCACCUUUAUAAGAAUGUUUUAUAUAUGUUUAUGGUAUGUGUUGAAUAGAUAUAUAAGACUACACAGUGAUGGAUGCCAAAGUAUCAGUUUUCUGUUAAAUAUACGCUCAACCUAUGCUGCUAAAAACUGAAACGUAAAUUGCCAAAAUCUGGGAUACAUGGUAAAUAUCUGGUACCAUAUUAAAAUGGUGUGUGCUUAUUCCUUUUCCAUACAGUAUAUUUGCACAUUUUAGAAGGUGCAAAUUGAGAGAUAUCUAACAAGUGUCAAAAUUGUAACUUUUUGUUUUGAAGAAACAGAAAGACAUAAAUAUAGAAGAUUUCAUGGAAGGAAAACUUGAAUAGAAAAAGAAAUUCAGCAUAGGUGCUGGUAUCUAAAAAAGUAAGUGCUUAGCGCUCAGUCACAAACA